AUGUCUAAGGACAAGCUGGAGGGCCUGGUGAAGCGCAUGGAGGAGACGCUGGCGGAGAUGGAGCAGCUGAAGCUGCAGUGCGGCCGGCAGAGCGAGGAGCUGAGCCAGCUGGUGGUGGAGCUGCGCCGCGAGAACCAGGAGCUGGUGGAGAAGUACGGCCAGCUCACGGCCGACAUGAAGGAGGCCAAGGAGGUCAUCGAGCAGCUGCAGGACACCAAGUACGCCUUCAACGCCAAGGAGCGGCAGGCGCAGAAGCUCAGCCGGCAGCUCUGA